GCCGGAGAUCGAAACGAAGCGUUUCGAUUCUCGGGCUCCCGAAGUACGGUCCUUGAUUACGAACCGAAGUACACUACGACCUGGUCGCUGUACGUACAGUACAGCAGUCGACGUUCCCCCUGCUUGUCGCUUGCUGUCGAACCGCAGCAUGGCCCACCACCUCGGCCACUCUUCUCCCUCCCUCCCGUGGCCGAGGCAGCGGAGCGCGAGCUGGAGAACCGAUCCCACUUUCGAUCGUUCUUUUUCUACCCAUCGAGAAACUGCCAUCACGCCCAUCAUCUACUGCGUGGACAACACGAGAAACCAAAUCGCAAUUAUUAAAAGAAGAAACAAUGAAGACAACUGCGCGGUGACAGAAUUUAUUGUAGAUUUUUCAUUCAGCGGAAAUGGAUUUCAAUUGCGCCGCGGAGAGCUGAAUCGAGGCGUAUAUAUGUCGAGCGGCAGGUGAAUUUCCGCAGGCUGCAGCCGAUGCACGCUGUUGUGGUUGGCAUUGGCAGCAGCAGCAGCAGCAGCAGGCAAUCGGGAGUUGAGAGGGAGAGGGAGGGAGGGCACCGAUCUGCAACAGUGCUCGGAGCAUUGGAACAUCGUCUCGAGGGGUGCAGGCCUCAAAGCUCGCAAGGCUCGGAGGAACAAGGCACAUGUGUGCGGUUGGAGCUGCGCCUCCUCCGGGAACGCACGCAGGCUUAUGGUUGGAGGUGGGAGGUCGUUCAAGAAGCGGCAUCAGUUUAGCCGAGCUGAGCUGAGCUGAGCUCGACAGGCAGACACCAAGAGCUUGUCGGAAAGCGGUACCAUCUCGAGGUGCAACUGGCCCGAUGCAACUCCGCCCUCGGGCCGACCAGUUGCUAGAGGGAUUCAGGUGCUCUCGGGACGACGCUCGUGAAGUUCUCGGAGGUGCGCACCGAGGACGGUACGAGGAUCGUACGAACGAGCAGCAGCAGCAGCAGCAGCCAGUGGAAAUUAUCCGGACAGAAUUCGAUGCCGCAAGCGCUGCAGGAAUCAGGCAAACCCGUCUGUGAUCUGCUAGAAGAUGAUGAUUCGGAACUGAGUGGGGACUUCAGAGAGUGAAGCGGAGAUGGAGAGAAGGAAUUCGAGGCGGUGGGUGGAGGUCCGCACCGUGGACGUCGAGCCGGGCCAUGAAUCCGAGUCCCAAGAGCAGCAGCAGUUGGAGCAGCAGGAGUCUCCCGGCAAGAUCAAAGCAUGGCGCCUGUUAGUGGCGCCCGUGUGCGGCAUGGUGAUGAGCCUGGCCGUCGCGGGAGUCGGCGUUGGAGGAAUGUUCCUCUCGCGCAGUCCUCCCGAUCUGCCGAAUUUAUUUCUCGGAGUUACGGCUGCUGGAAUUCUCAUGUUCCUGCUCAUGAUCCCCGUUCUCAACAAGAGGAGAUUGAAGGGUAAGCACAAUGGCAAGAAGAAACCGCCGAGGACUGUCGUGGACGACGACCUGGCCAAGAAAGUUUGGGCAUUGCCCGCAGAAAAGGUUUGUGCGGACUUGAGAGUUUCCGAUCGAGUGGGAUUGUCGCACGCCGAGGCCGAAACUCGAUACCGACGAUAUGGAGGAAAUGAGUCAGUGAUCUACAGCGAACCGGGAUACUGGAGCUUCUUCCUCAAGGAGCUCCAUGAACCUGCUCAGCUGCUGCUUUUGUGCGUGGGUGUUCUGUAUCUCACGUUCGGAACAAUGGAGGAAGCUAUCACUGCCUUCCUCGUGAUUUUUCUCAUGGCCUCAGCCGAGGUGGGAACUGAGUGGCGUGCGAAACGAGCUCUGAAUAGUCUGGAACACUCGAGCCCACCGGAGGCCACUGUGAAGAGGGAAGGUCAACACAUGAAGCUGGAUGCACGCUCUCUGGUUCCAGGAGAUAUUGUCAUACUCCGAGUGGGAAUGGAAGUACCUGCAGAUUUGAGGCUCAUUCGUUCGUACUUCUUGAGUCUGGACGAAUCAAAACUGAGUGGAGAGAGCGCUCUAGUUUCCAAAGAUCCCAGUCUUGUGCAUCCUGAAGAAACCUCUGAGUUGGAGAGAAGCAACAUUGCGCUUGCCGGGAGCCUAGUGAGGCAAGGUCGGGGUGUGGGAGUUGUGUACCGAACUGGUACUUUGACCUACUUGGGCCAGGUUCUCAGUAUGUCGCGCAGACGGAAGGAGAAGAAGACCAAUUUGCAGAAAGUGAUGCAGGAGCUAUCUUGGAGCUUGAGUAUUUUAUCCCUGAUCCUGAGUGUAAUCGGAGCUCUUUUAGGACUAUGGAGGAACAUGAAGUGGCAAGAUGUGAUACUCUCUGGUCUAAGCUUGGCUUUUGCCACCAUUCCUGAAGAGCUGCCAAUCCUCAUUGCUGCAGUGUUGGCAGUUGGAGCACAAACUCUGUCCUUGAGACUCAUGUACGUGAAAAAACUUAGAGCGGUUGAAAACUUGGGCUUCAUUGACACGAUAUUGACUGAUAAGACGGGAACUCUCACGGAGAAUCGGUUGCUAUGGCACUCGGCCUAUCUUGGCACUGAACAAUAUGAGAUCCGGAGCAGGGCAUUGUCUUAUAACAGAAAGUCUGACUCAGGUGGUUUACAAAAAUUGUUUGAGGCCUGGCUUUUCAUGUCAGAUUUGGGGGAUGAUCUUGAAACUCUGAAAGAUACCCCACGGCCCGUAGAGCAUGAACUUGAGCCACUCACCAAUGAUGUUGCUCUACUGGCUACAAGCUCACAAGCUCUGACAGAAAUGGAGGACCUCGAAGCAUCAUCACCGCACCACGUAGAAGGCGACAUGUUUGAUCAAGCCGUUUUGUACGCAUUAGGUUCUUCAGUUUCUUUUCUUGGGGGCUCUCCAGGGUAUGGAUUUCUGGCCUCCAAUCCCGACAUUAAACUGCACUUGGAAAACACAUACAGAACCAAAUUGGAUGCGAGCUUUGUGGCAGAGGUGCCGUUCGAUCCCAGUCUCAAGUUUUCUUCUAGAACGUUCCAGAUCGAUCCCGUCUUGAUGAACCAUGCGACAGAUGCAGCAGUUUCAAGUCCGGUGAGGCCAGUGAUGUACAUAAAAGGAGCUCCUGAGGUCCUGCUCAGACAUUGUGCUCAUGCUCUGGAGAAUGGAGCCGUGGUUCCAAUGAACUCAGUGAGACACAAGAUCAUCGAGCAGGUAACCAAGGUUGCUUCUGAAGGACAUCGUUUGAUUGCGUACGCCUACAAUGACGUCGAAAGCAAAGCCUCCAAGGCAUCGAAUCCCUUUUCGGUUUUCGAGAGGGCAAUCUUUCUGGGCUUUUUGUCCUUUAUAGACCCCAUCAGGGAAGAAGCUGCUGCUUCAGUUCAACAAUGUCAACGAGCAGGAGUCAGGGUUAUCAUGGUGACUGGUGAUCAUAUAGAAACAGCCGCGUCUGUGGCUCAGCAAGUGGGAAUUAUAUCUACGGAGCAAGAAGAGGAUUCAUCGGAUAUGUCUAUAUCUUGCAUUGACAUGCACCUGGCCACUUUGGGGAAAGAGGAGCUGCAAGAUCUAGUCAUGAGAACCAGAGUGUUUGCUAGGGCAACUGCGACGGACAAGCUCUUGAUACUGGAAUCUUUGCAGGCAUGUGCCAAGACCGUGAUGGCUACCGGUGAUGGUGUCAAUGAUUCGCCAAUUUUAGCGCAAGCCGACGUAGGAGUGGCCAUGGGCAAAGGCACGGAUGUUGCACGGGAAGCAGCGUCUAUUGUUAUGAUGGAUGAUAAUUUCAGUAUGAUUCCUUAUUCAUUAGCGGAAGGGCGCAGGCUGCUGGAGAACUUACGAAGGGCGCUUGCAUUUUACCUGGGUGCCAAACUUGGGUUUAUCCUCCUGUUUAUUAUGGGAACUCUAUGGGACAGGUAUCCGCUAUCUGCAUUACAGAUAAUACUUCUAGAGUUGUUCAUGGACCUGGGGUCCAGCUCUUCUUUCGUCAUGGAGCCGCGCGAUUCCGAUUUGAUGAGGAGAAAGCCACGGCAUCCAUCUGAGAAAUUUUUCGACUUUGAGCUGGUUUCAGGGAUAUUCGUCGCAGCCAUUUCCAUGUUCGCCACCGUACUCACAAGUUUUUUCUAUGCAAUCUAUCACGAGAAGGAAACUGCACAGACUAGUGUAUUUUUUACUUGGCUAUUUGUUCAAGUACUGAUGGCAUUCAACUUGAGAACUUUUCGCGAACCUGUGGUCUUGAAGGGCAUCUUUACAAACAUGGGGAUUAAUAUCUGGUUUAUAGCAACGGUAAGUCUGACAAUCCUUCUCUCCUCGUCCACUUUCUUCCAAGAACAUCUCUCAUUAGUUCCUCUAUCCACAUCACAUUGGUUGUACAUCAUACUGAUGAGCAUAGUAGGAUCGUGCUGGAUAGAGUUCGCAAAAAUGUUGAUGUUAUGUUUUAGUAGUAAUCAAACCGUAGCCACAGACGCAAAGAAACAACAGCCAGGCCAAUACGAUGAAGAGGUCAGUCAGUCUCUUCUUUUACAAGAAAGUAGAAGUAGUGAUCUGAGGCCAACGAGUAAUGAUAUUGAAACUUCCAGCACAACAAUUGUACAGUGACCCAAAUUGAACCAAGGCGACCCAACUUCAUCUUAGUAAUAACUGAUUUCUCGUCCUUCUGCUGGUCAGCAAAUGAAAUGAGUUGUAUAGUUCAGGUUGGGGCUGAGAUUUCAUAUGAUAGUUUGAAGCGUUGAGGUGAAUACGCUGGUGAUAGUAAUAUACUAGAACAUAAUUUACAGGAUCCGGAAAUAUAUGUAAUACAUAUAACCGACAAGAGCACAUUAAAUUUUUAUCUUUUGCAGAGUUGUGUUUAUGAGUUGACUUUGAAUGCUCUUGUGCUCUGCUGCCUCCAUUGAAACCGUCAGCGACUUUUAAUGCUGUCAUACCGAUUCGUCUCUCCGCUGGUCAGUUGGCCGUGUGUAGCAUUUACAAAGCACCGUAUGCUUAGUACUUUCAGUGUUGUUUUUUUUCAGUGUCACUGCUUCUCAGCAAUGUCAAAAGCUUGAGACUAAGUCUCUCUCUGUUCUUCUGUGAGGACU